AUGUCCAAAACACCGUCCAUCGAUAUCCUCAACGCCCCCAUUACCCUGCCUUGCGGUCUCACCCUCCCCAACCGUUUGGUGAAAUGUCCUAUGCAGGAAACCUGCGCAGAGCCACCUCACUUUGAUCCGCCGGUCGAGAAAUUUCGUGCGCUCUACAAGACAUGGGCUACCGGUCACUAUGGCAUGCUCUUGACCGGCCAAGUCCAGGUGGACAUACGCUUCUUCUCGAUCCCCGGUGACGUUUGUUGUCAUGAAGGCUCCGUCUCUGAACCUGUGCUGUCGAAAUGGAAAGAAUGGGCCAGGAUAGCUCAACAGGGCCGAACACCCUGCCUGGUCCAGAUCUCACAUCCCGGUCGGAUGAGUCCUACCGGUGGAGGCAUCAGGCCUGCAGACCUGCGACCUCUCUGCCCAUCGGCCGUGCCAGUCAAGAUGGGCGAUACCUGGCUUGACAAAUGGAUGCUGGACAAGCUGCUAGGUACACCGAAGGCAAUGAGCCAUGCUGAGAUCGACGAGGCCGUCGCCAACUUUGUCCGAGCGGCGCGCGUGGCCCACGAAGCCGGCUUCGCAGGGGUCCAACUCCACGGCGCACAUGGGUUCCUCAUUUCGCAGUUCUUGUCACCGCACACGAACCGCCGCACGGACGAGUAUGGCGGUAGUCCCGAGAAGCGCUUGCGAUUCGUGCAGCGUCUGCUUCAACAGAUUCGCGCGGUAUGCCCGCCGCCGUUCUGCCUUGGCGUCAAGCUCAAUUCGGCAGACUAUAUGGAGGAAGGCGGGUUGACUCAAGAAGAAGCACUCGAACAGGUGCGGUGGCUGGUGGAAUGUGGGAUGGUCGACUUUGUCGAGCUCAGCGGCGGCAAUGCGGAAAGUACGAAAUGUGAGCUGCAGAACUCGUUUGGCGAGUAUACUCUUGACAAGGCGCCGAAGCGCGAAAGCACGCGGAUCCGCGAGGCCUUUUUCACAGAGUUUGCGGAGAAGGUGCAGCGCUUGCAAAGCAAAGUGCCCAUACAGUUGAGUGGUGGGUUCCGCUCGCGCAAUGGUAUGGCGGAUGCCAUCGACAGCGGUGCGUGCCAGCUCAUCGGACUGGGACGCACGGCCGUGUUGCAGCCCUCGCUGCCGAGGGAUAUACUAUUGAACACCGCAAUACCUGACGACGAGGCACUUGCCAUGCCGCAUGAAGUCCGCGGCAUGUGGUUGGCGAACAUGGCUCCUGUCAAGAUUGUCGGCGCGAGUAUGGCGGGUCAGGUGUUCUACUAUAACAUGCGUCGGAUGGGGAGCGGGCUGGCUGCUGACCCGUAUGUCAGUGUGCCAUAUGUCAUAUUUUCCGGCAUCAUGGGCUUGGUGAGAGGGACGCUCAGCGGGAUGAGUGAGAGGUUGAUAGACGGUUUGAGGGGCGUGCUAGUUCGGCAGACAGUCAAGUCUGAUUGA